CAAACAUAUUUUUAUAAAUUCUUUUUUCUACCCCAUAAAUCAAGAGCCACUUUUGCCUAAAAAUAUUUUGAGACCUCCUCGGUCGAGCAGCAAACUAACGAAGCACAAAAUCGAUCCCAACAAGCGGUUGAGCGGAUACGAAAGAAUGGAGCAAUCGGAGAAAGAAGCAAUUGCAGCAGCAUCUGAAGAGCUCUCUCAGGAGUUCAAAACCCUAAUCGAUUCGCAGGAUAUGGAUUCUUUAAAGCAAUUGCAGCAUAUUAUAUUGGGGCGUUUGCAAGAUAGUAAUGCAGUGCUUUCACAUUUUAACGAUUAUUCAGAGAAUUGUUAUGCUGAGGUGUCAAGUGAUCUUUAUACAAAUACACGCCUCUUAAAGUCCAUGAAAUUGGAUCUUGAUUAUAUAUUUCAAAAGCUGAGGAGUUUAAAAGCAAAGAUUAAAGCCACGUAUCCUGAUGCUUUCCCUGAUGAUUCAACAAUAGAAACUCUCGACAGAAGGCCGGAUCUAGAAAUACCUCAGUGAAAUAUGAUGUUAUUUUUUGUUUUCAACAUCAAGUUCAUAUUUUUUACAUGCUUUUUUUACAAUUUUCUUUUUUUUUUUCUUUUUUUUUUUUUUAAUUUUCUUUUCUCCUUUAAGAAUGUUU